AUGGAGAAGGUUCUGCGCUGGGGGAUACUGUCCGCCGGCCUCAUCUCCCAUGACUUCGCCACCGCCCUGAGGAGCCUGCCCCGCUCCGAGCAUCAGAUAGCAGCCGUGGCCGCCAGAGACCUGGGCCGGGCCCAGGACUUCGCCCGAAGGCACGAAAUCCCCAAGUCCUAUGGCUCUUACGAAGAACUGAUGAAGGACCCAGACGUGGGCUCUGGCCCGUCCGCAGACGUGGUGUACGUCAGCCCUCAGCACCCGCAGCACCUGGGCGCUGUCCUGCAGUGCCUGGCGGCGGGCAAGCCGGUCCUGUGUGAGAAGCCUCUCGGGGUCACUGCCGCCGAGGUCCGGGAGAUGGUGGCGGCCGCGCGGGCUCGCGGCCUCUUCCUGAUGGAGGCCAUCUGGACGCGGUUCUUCCCCGCCACCGAGGCGCUGCGGGCUCUGCUGUCCCAGGGCACCCUCGGGGAGGUGCGUCUGGUCCGCGUGGACUUUGGCUUUGAACUUGACGGGUUUCUGGAUCGCUCCACGGACUGGGCCCAGGCGGGGGGCGGGCUGCUGGACCUGGGGAUCUACUGCGUCCAGCACAUCUCCAUGGUGGGCGGGGGCCGGCGGCCUGAGAAGAUCCACGCCGUGGGGCUGCUCCGUGACAACGGCGUGGACGACACAGUGACAGUCGUCCUGCAAUACCCUGGUGGGCUCCAGGCCUCCUUCACCUCUAGCAUCACCACUAAGCUGUCCAACUCAUUGACGGUGUUUGGAACCAAGGGCAAGGCAGAGAUCCCUUUCACCAUGUGGUGCCCCACCGAGCUGGUGGUGAAUGGGAAGAGCUCCCAGUUCCCGUUGCCCGAGGUGGCAGACACGGAGAUGUUCAAUUUCAUCAAUUCCAUCGGCAUGGUCUAUGAAGCCCAGCAUGUGCGGCAGUGUCUGCUGCAGGGCCUGAAGGAGAGCCCUGUGAUGCCCCUGGCAGAGAGUGAGCUCUUGGCAGAUAUCCUGGAGGAAGCAAGGCGGCAGAUUGGGCUCAGGUUCCUCCAGGACAGAAGCUAAGCUUCCAAACUAUUGCCCAGUGAAGAAAUCCCUGCCCAGCAGUUUGUCACCCACGUUCCUACUCUUCAGCAUGGCCCCGAGGGCUGCCUUGCUCUGGCCCUGAGUCUUGGCCCUGCCCCUAUCUAGGAUGUGAUCUAUCCCUGCCUUUCUUAGCCUCAGGAGGUUUUCUGGAAUAAAGGGAAUCCCACUCCAUUGGGUCUCAGCAUAGAGUCUCCCUCCACUUUACACAGGGGGAAACUGAGUCCCUGAGAAAAGAAGGGUGACCCUCCAGCUCCAUGGUUCUAGGACUCAUGCGUUGAACAACAGAAAAGAAGCAGUUCAGAGGGGACUGGGCUCAGGCCUGGACCUGGAGUUUCAGUCUCAGCUCUGCCUCUUCUGCAUUUCUGGGCCUCAGUUUCCUCAUCUGUAAGGUGAAGGAAUUGCUAUAGGUAUGGCUAGAAUUCCUAGCUAAAGCAAAGAUAAAGGCAGGGCCUUGCUGGAGGCGUCUCAGGCACUUUGGAAAUCUGAAAACACUGCAAAUCAGGGCUUGAUUUAUUGUGUGCUUGACUGGACAGACUUCAUCAAGUGAUGAAGAAAAUGUUAUUAAUGCAGAUUAAGCUGGAAACUGCGUUGUACAUUCCCUCCUCCCGGAGCCUUUAGUUAAUGGUUUAUCAGCAGACCAGAAGAUAAAAUUGUCAAUAUACGUUACAUUAAAUUGAAAAGUUUACAAAGGAACAGCAUCAAUGUAGUUAGAGUAGGAAAAGAAACGAUUAAUUUGGGGGGAAAUCUGCCUCAGGUAUCUCUGAGAAAAGUCUGACAUUCAGGAUACAUAGAGAGUUGGUUCUUUUCAUGUGUGGGUUGGGCUACAUGGUGGCAGGCUGAGGUUGUUUCCUGAUUCUGUGACACAAACAAAUACAUGAGAACCAGAGCCAUUCCUCAGUAGAUUAAGUAGACAGAGAAUACAAACAGGAAAUUUUCAAAAUAAAUCCAAACUAUCAACAACUAAUACUCCAAGUCACUAAUGACAAGAAAUACAGAUGAAGACAACUCUUAAUAUUUCACCUGAAACCCAUCAGGUUGGCAAAGAUGACAAGCAAAAAUGGUAAUGAUUAUCUAUAGUCAUAUGAAAAGAUGCUCUA